AUGCCAGGACUGGCUGUCCUGGGCCUCAGCCUCAUGGCUCUCCUGGGCCUUGGGUCAGGGGCCUUGUGCCUGUCACGGCAACUCAGGAUGCGAGGGGACUACAUCCUGGGAGGGCUCUUCCCCCUGGGCUUGGCAGAGGAGACUGAACUGCAGCACAGGAUGCGGCCCGACAGCAUCACGUGCUCCAGGUUCUCCACUAUUGGCCUGUUCUUGGUGAUGGCUUUGAAGAUGGCCGUGGAGGAAAUCAACAACAGUUCCACCCUACUGCCUGGGCUGCAGUUGGGCUAUGACCUCUUUGACACGUGCUCAGAGCCUGUGGUCACCAUGAAGCCCAGUCUCAUGUUCCUGGCCAAGGUGGACAGCUGCAGCAUUGCCGCCUACUGCAACUACACACAGUACCAGCCCCGCGUGCUUGCUGUCAUUGGGCCCCACUCCUCAGAGCUCGCCCUCAUCACGGGAAAGUUCUUUGGCUUCUUCCUCAUGCCACAGGUCAGCUAUGGCGCCAGCAUGGACAGGCUGAGCAACCGGGAGACGUUUCCAUCCUUCUUCCGCACGGUGCCCAGCGACCGAGUCCAACUGGAAGCCAUGGUGACACUGCUGCAGUAUUUUGGCUGGAACUGGGUGGCUGCCCUGGGUAGCGAUGAUGAGUAUGGUAGAGAGGGUCUGAGCACCUUCUCAAACCUGGCCCAUGCGCGGAACAUCUGCAUUGCGCAUGAGAGCCUUGUGCUGCUGCCCCAAGCCGACAGCCUGCGACUGGGCAAGGUGCAGGACGUGCUACACCAGGUGAACCAGAGCCAGGUGAAGGUGGUGGUGCUGUUUGCCUCAGCCCGUGCCGUCCACUCCCUAUUCCAGUAUAGCAUCCACCACAGCCUCACGCCCAAGGUGUGGGUGGGCAGUGAGGCCUGGCUGACCUCAGAUCUGGUCAUGACGUUGCCUGGCAUCCAUCGGGUGGGCACUAUUCUGGGGUUUCUACAGCAAGGCGCCCGGCUGCCUGAGUUCUCCCAUUACGUGGAGAACCACCUAGCCUUGGCUGCCAACCCAGCCUUCUGUGCCUCACUGGAUGCUGAGCAGGACCUGGAGGAGGAUGUGGUAGGACCGCGCUGCCCGCAGUGUGACCAAAUCACGUUACAGAACCUGUCAACUGGGUUGGUGCAGAACCUGUCAGCUGGGCAGCUGCACCACCAGAUCUUUGCCACCUAUGCGGCCGUGUACACUGUGGCCCAGGCCCUCCACCACACACUGCAAUGUAGCUCCUCCAGCUGCCCCACACAGGAGCCCGUGAGGCCCUGGCAGCUCCUGAACACUAUGUACAACAUGAGCUUCCGCGUUCGAGGCCUGGAGCUGCAGUUCAAUGACACUGGAAAUGUGGCUAUGGAAUAUGACCUGAAGAUGUGGGUGUGGCAGAGUCCAACACCCAAGUUGCACACUGUGGGGACCUUCAAUGGCAGCCUCCAGAUGCAGCCCACACACAUGCACUGGCACACAGAAGACAACCAGGUGCCAGUAUCUCAGUGCUCCCAGGAGUGCCGUGAGGGUCAGGUGCGCCGGGUGAAGGGCUUCCACUCUUGCUGCUAUGACUGUGUGGACUGCAAGGCAGGCAGCUACCGGCAGAACCCAGAUGACCUCACCUGUACCCAGUGUGACCAGGACCAGUGGUCCCCAGAGCGGAGCACACGCUGCUUUCCCCGCAGGCCCAGGUUCCUGGAGUGGGGAGACCCAGCUGUCCUGUUGCUGCUCUUGUUUCUGGGCCUCGUGCUGGGCCUGGUGCUGGCAGCUCUGGGGCUCUUCAUCCGCCACAGGGACAGCCCACUGGUCCAGGCCUCAGGAGGGCCACUGGCCUGCUUUGGCCUGGCCUGCCUGGGCCUUGUCUGCCUCAGUGUCCUUCUGUUCCCUGGCUGGCCAGGGCCCACCAGCUGCCUCGCCCAGCAGCCUGCGGCUCACCUCCCACUCACUGGAUGCCUGAGUACACUGUUCCUGCAAGCAGCCGAAACCUUCGUGGAGUCCGAACUGCCGCUUGCCUGGGCAGCCUGGCUGCGUGGUCACCUGCGGGGGCCCUGGGCCUGGCUGCUGGUACUGUUGUUGAUCCUGGUAGAGGUGGCACUCUGUGCCUGGUCCCUCACGGUUUUCCCAUCCAAGAUGGUGAUGGACUGGCGGGUGUUGCCGAGGGAGGUGCUGGUGCACUGCCACAUGCACUCCUGGGUGGGCCUGGCCCUGGUGCAUGUCACCAAUGCCACACUGGCCUUUCUCUGCUUCCUGGGCACCUUUCUGGUGCAGAGCCAGCCUGGCCACUACAACCGUGCCCGUGCCCUCACCUUUGCCAUGCUGGCCUAUUUUGUCACCUGGGUCUCCUUCGUGCCCCUCCUGACCAAUGUGCAGGUAUUGUACCAGCCUGCUGUGCAGAUGGGCGCCAUCCUCCUCUGUGCCCUGGGAAUACUGGCCAUCUUUCACCUGCCCAAGUGCUACCUGCUGCUGUGGUGGCCAGAGCUCAAUACACCCAUGUUCUUUCUAGGCCAGGGCACUAGGGACAGCACAGACGGGGGCAGCAGUGGAGGCAGGGACAGUGCUCAGGGAGACCAUGAAUGACCCCUGACCCCAGGAUCUCAACCCCAUUGAAUUAAGCCCCUGUAGAUGCCUCAACCCACUAGACUGAUAACCUCUUGUUUUAUAUUCUGACUCU